AUGAGGUUGACUCUGGCUCCAAAUGAACAAAUCUGUGAAGAAGAUCUGUACAAAUACACGAAGCAUCGAUGGCUAUACAACGAAGAGAGCGAGCUCUCGAAACGUUACCUCAAAUUUAACAUACAGCAACUCAUUAAUGUCGCAAUCACUGCAUGCGAUGGAGCGAGUUCCUGUAUCAGAGUCACCAAGUGUGCGGAGGGCCUGUACAACAAAGCCUUCAUCUUAAGAAUGGACAACGGGUCCGAGGUCUUUGCAAAACUUCCGAAUCCUAACGCUGGACCAGCUCAUGUCACAGUUGCCUCUGAAGUUGCUACACGGGAAUUGCUCCGUCGCGUGCUUGAUAUCCCUGUGCCUAGGGUACUUUCAUGGUCCUUUGAUGCGCACGGUUGCAUUCAUUUCAAAGAAGUUCUACGUUCACUUACUGGGAAAGCAGAAGAUAUCCACGCCGACGCUCUCGGUUCCGAUGUUAUCAAGAAGUUCACCAUUGGACCGCUGACCACGAACGAAUUGUGGAACGGGCAAAGAGGGAGCAUGAACCUGGAUCGGGGGCCGUGGAAGCACCCACGGGGAUAUACCCGAGCAGUGGGAAACAACGAAAUAUCCUGGAUCAAGUCACAUGCCACUCCUCGAAUGAACUACAAUCGGUCGAAUCAGAACAAGGAACUCCCCCAAGAUGGCAUAGCGCUUUUGGAGAAAUAUAUGGAUGUUUCCUCCUACCUCGUGCCCGCGCCAAACGACAAAUCAUGCUCUCUCAACGUCCCCUGGCAUCCUGACCUCCACCUGGACAACAUCAUCAUCGACCCAGAAACAUGUCAGAUCACCCGUGUUGUAGACUGGCAGUCGGCGUGUGUUGCUCCUCUAUUCUACCAAUCCGCCGUUCCCCGAUUGUGUAGACACCCUCGACCUGUAAGGGAGGGGUGGGUCAUCCCCGAACGCCCCGAUAAUUACGAGGACCUGAGCCCAGAUGAACAGAAGCGAAUCGAUGAUGAUCGAGAGAGCGAAAUGAUUCACAAGUUCUACGAGGCACAGCUGUUCAAGCGCGCACCCCGCCAUUGGGACGUGCUCCAGCAGUCCAUCUUCCCUAUUGUCCGCAAGCCUGUCUGGCUUGUGACAGGAGUCUGGGAAAAUCGUGAUCUGUUUUUCCUGCGUGAUGCGCUCAUGGAUGUACAAACGCAUUGGGAUCGGCUUGUUGCAGGCCAAGAUGCACCGUGCCCGAUAUCGUUUAGUAGCGAGGAGAUCGAGCUCCAAGCCAAGGAAGAGGAGAAUAUCCAGGGUGUUGGGAGUAUGCUGUCGCUGUUCCAGGAGCAGGCGACGUUGCCUGUGGAUGGAAUGGUUGCUCCCGAGGAUUACGAUGUGGCUCGUGAGAAUUGUCGGAAGUUGAAGGAUAUCUUCAUCGGGCUGGCCAAGGAUGAUGAGGAGAAGGAAUUGUUUGGAAGGCUAUGGCCGUACCAAGAACCUGAGAGUGAUUAA